ACAUGGCGACGCCCUGCUGCUUAAACCUAUCAGCUGUUUACAACUGAACUUCUCUACAAAUAAACGUUUUCCAAACAACUGUUGGAAGUUUUGGGAAAUUAGUGAAUAGCUGCUUUAUAAUGGAAGACACUUGCAAAUCCGAAGAUUUAAUUAAUCUCGAGAAACGAGAUGAAGAGUCCUGUACAGACACAGGGGAUGUAAACACGAGCUCUGAGCGAAGUGAAAUGUCAACAUCUGGUUUCCAUCGUGCUACAAACCAUGACAAGGGCCUUCACAUAGAAAUAAGAAAGGAGAAAAUUCACUACUGCUCACUUUGUGGGAAGAGUUUUACCAGAAAGGGUCAUCUUAAACAACACCAUCUAAUCCACACAGGAGAAAAGCCACAUUGCUGCUCUCAGUGUGGGAAGACAUUUUCACAGCAAAGUAAUCUUAAAAACCAUGAGCGUACUCACACCAGAGAGAAGCCUUACGAAUGCUCAGACUGUGGGAAGAGUUUUACGCUGCAGAGUACGUUUAAAAACCACCAGCGCGUUCACACAGGAGAAAAGCCCUACUACUGCGCACAGUGUGGGAAGAGUUUUGCGCUGCAAAGUACGUUUAACAACCACCAGCGCAUUCACUCUGGAGAGAAGCCAUAUUACUGCGCGCAGUGCGGGAAGAGCUUCACACGACACAGUACAUUUAAAAACCACCAGCGCGUUCACACAGGAGAGAAACCGUAUCGCUGCCCGCAGUGCGGGAAGGAUUUCACGCUGCGGAGUAGUUUACAAAACCACCAGCACAUUCAUAGCGGAAAGCUGCAUCAGUGUUUACAGUGUGGGAAGAGUUUUUCACAAUAUGGCACCUUAAAACACCACCAGCUGAUCCAUACAGGAAAGAAGCCGCAUUAUUGCUCACAAUGUGGGAUGAGAUUUAGAGAAUUACGCCAUUUAAAAAAACACCAGCGCACUCACACGGGAGAGAAAACACAUUCCUGCUCACAGUGUGGGAAAAGCUUUAGAAAAUUAAGUCAUUUAAAAUCACACCAGCGCAUUCACAUGGUAGAAAAACCACAUUACUGCUCACACUGUGGAAAGACUUUUAUAGAAUACAAAUCUUUUAAAAUCCACCAGCGCAUUCACACAGAACAGAAGCGCUGUCACUGUUCGCUGUGUGGAACGAGCUUUACGCAACAUGCAGGAGCGAAGCCUCAUUACUGCUCAGAGUGUGUGACACGUUUUUGUGUUGGCAAAAUAAAAAAAUAAUCAGCUCUUUCAGACAGAAGUUAUAAACUUUAAAUUAUUUAUGUAGUGAAUAUUCUAUUUCAACAGUCAUAUGACGCAUUCUGCUUUAGAGCAUUAUGAGGACAUUGCAUCCAAUCCUGUUCCUGGAGUAGAUUCUUAUUUUUGAAAAAAAAUUCUGUUUUAGCAUUCUUACCAGGUACUUUCUAAAGUAAACUUGGUGUGUAACAGGGCUGCGUGAUUUGAUUUAAUAUAUAAUCCAUGGCACAUAUUGCAAUCGCAAUUUAAAUUGUUAUAUAUUUUUUUAAAAGAAAGGUGUGUGCUUUCAGAAGCAUUCCUUAUGUGUUCAGCAAAUUAUGUCUAGUAAUGUUCUUUCCUUCCAAACCAUGACCUCAGAUCAGAACUACAUACCUAACUGUGGUAUUUGCUUACUGUUACACCCCUAAUAAAUAAACAUUAGAUGUGUGUAUGUGUGUGGUGUGUGUUUGUAGCAUAAAUUCCAACUCCAGAUAUUGUGUGUCAUAAAAGUGUGGUCGGAGAAGGUGCCAAAACAACAGGAAUAUUGUCAAGUGCCGACCCAAGAGCUUCACAAGGAGUGGAGUGAGUCAGUGCAUCAAGAGCCACAAUGCAAACGCAUCUUUAGGAAAGGGGCUACAACUGUUGCGUUCCUAGUAUGAAGCCACUCCUGAACCAGAGACAACAUCUGAAACAACUUACCUUGGCUAAGGAGUAUAAGAAUCGGACCAUUGCUCAGUGGUCCAAGGUCUUCUUUUCAGGUGAAAGUAAAUUUUGCAUAUUAUUUGAAAAUCAUCCUGCAGGGUGUUAAGUCAUGUGCUGGUGUUGUGUUUUAUCGCGUCCAAGGUCAACACAGGAGAUUUUAGCACAUUUUAUGCUUUCGUCUGCUGCCAGGCUGGCUUAUGGAGAUGAAACUACCACUAACUAGUCUGCUCACCAUGAUAUUACUGUGCUUGAUUGGCCAGCCAACUCAUCUGACCUAUAAAGAAUCUAUGGGCUAUUGUCAAGAGAAAGAUGAGAAACACCUAACUCAGUAAUACAGAUGAGCUGAAGGCUGCUAUCAAACCAAUCUGGUCUUCAAUAACACUUCAGAGUUAACACUACAGGUUAACGCACACACAGAUAUUCCUGUUAUAUACUGUUGUUACAAUGUCACCAAUGAAUUUUACAAUGUAGUUACAAUAGUUACAAUAUGUUAAAUAUAGUAACAAUAUCUUAAAAUAUAGUUACAAUAUCCUAAA